AUGUGCCAACAGUCCCAGUGUGCCAACAGUCCCAAUAUGCUAACAAUCCCAAUGUGCCAACAAUCCAAAUGUGCCAACAGUUAUAAUGUGCCACCAGUCCUCAUAUGCCACCAGUCCCAAUAUGCCAACAAUCCCAAUGUGCCAACAGUUCUAAUGUGCCACCAGUCCUCAUAUGCCACCAGUCCCAAUGUGCCAACAAUCCCAAUGUGCCAACAGUCCCAGUGUGCCAACAGUCCCAAUAUGCUAACAAUCCCAAAUUGCCAACAAUCCCAAUGUGCCAACAGUUAUAAUGUGCCACCAGUCCUCAUAUGCCACCAGUCCCAAUAUGCCAACAAUCCCAAUGUGCCAACAGUUCUAAUGUGCCACCAGUCCUCAUAUGCCACCAGUCCCAAUAUGCCAACAAUCCCAAUGUGCCAACAGUCUCAAUAUGCCUACAGUCCUAGUGUGCCAACAAUCCCAAUGUGCCAUCAGCCCCAGUGUGCCAACAGUCCCAAUGUACCAACAGUCCCAAUGAGCCAACAGUCCAGGUGUGCCUACAGUCCCAAUACACCUACAGUCUCACUGUGUCAACAGUCCAGGUGUGCCAACAGUCCCAAAGUGCCAACAGUCACAAUAUGCCUACAGUCCCAGUACACCAACAGCGCCAUUGUGCGAUCAGUCCCAAUGUGCCAACAAUCCCAGUGUACCAACAGUCCCAAUGUGCCAACAGUCCCUAUGGGCCUACAGUCCCAGUACACCAACAGCCCCAAUGUGCCAACAGUCCCAAUAUAG